GAGGAAUGCGAGCCACGGCUCUCUCUCCAUCGCCGUUAGGUACCAGAGAGGAUUUGAACAUAUGGGGCAACGGGCUUGUUGUCAGUAAUUCUAAUUCGUGCAUUGAUAUACCAUUAUAAUUAAAGAUGAAGAGGAUGAGAGGACGCGAGGCUAUACCUGCACGGCUGCACUGCUUGGAAAAAUGCCCGCCGCCGUGGCGAGAGCUGCCCGGCCGGGAAGGAGCGGAAGCCGAUCGAGGGCAACACCAACACCAAGACACGAAAACUAAAGCCAAGAAUUGUGAAGCCCAGCAGCCCAGGUAGAGUCUGCAGGAUUUUCCAGCGGGCUAGCGGAUGGAUUGUGAAGCCUAUUCAGUUGGCCCUCUGCACAUGUGGCCUGCCAUCGGCCGUUUUGGAUGCAAAUUUUUUUUGCAGGGAAAGAAAACAAGAAUCAUCAUCAUACACGGCCGGGUUGCCUGGGCGUGCUCGCAAGAAACCACCGAGGCGGAAGAUUACGAUCGAGCGACGAACCCUAACGGCCGGUGAGGAGGAACGCACGUACGCGCCAAAAUCUACCGGAAUUUCACGCCUUUCCAAACCGACCUUAAUCCAGUAGCAUAGCGCGCGGCCGGCCGCAGCGAGAGGAGCUAGGGGCGGCCGAUGAUGGCGGCGAGAAGGCUCGGGGGCUCCAUGGUCCAGCGAGCGGAGACCGCGGCAGCGGGCGGACGACGCCGUCUCGGGCCAAGGCUCAUGUACACCGACGAGCAAGCUCAUGCGGAAAUUGUUGCACGCGAGAUACAGAAGAAGAUAGAUGGCCUCUACGAUUUGAUCGUUAAGGGGGAGAACAAUGUUAAGACCAGCAGCUGGGGCGACGCUUUUCUAGUCCUGCAUCUUUCGAAAAGAGUCACCCCAAGACCGGCCGACUCUGACUGGUACGAUGCAUACAAAUCAAGAAUUAUUCUUAAUAAGAUCAAGAGAGCAGGCCUCAUUUCAUUAACCUUCCUGGCCUACAGUCGUUAUGAUAAGGAAGCUCAGCCAUGAUGAUGGAAUGAGAGCAACUGGAGACAAGAUCUCACCUCACUGAGAACUAUUCUCCGCGCGCGUAAGAAGAAGCAAGACUCAACACAACAUCUUGUUUGAUGGAUAAGAGCUCUUUAUUAAUUAGAGGGGUGUAAACUUAGUACUAUUAUUAUGAUCACCAUUAAGGGAAUGUUUUUAUGAUGUGCCAGCUAGAACUUGAGUACAAGUCUAGCACAGGUGGACUGCUAUAUUUGUGAUGUUAUCACAAUCUAAUAUAAGGGGUGGGUUGAGUGGCCUGCUGUUUUUGUUGUUUAUCCCUGCAAGGUUAUUGGAGAGGUGGCGCCCGGGGAUGUUCGACUGCGUCGGCACAGCCACCAGAUCUUCCACGUUUUCGUGCUCGUCGGUGCGCUAACGCACUAUGUUGCUACCGCGAUCCUCAUCAGCUGGCGCGAGGCCCUGGCUGCCGCCUCCGGGGCGGCGUCCGCGUUGUUGUGACGCGCAGAGCGGAAGUGAUCAUGUGUACGUUGUAGACGUAGGGUAUGACAUUGAUUCUUUGAUUCGUGCACCUAGUGUAGAUGAUUCUUUGGACCCGACUGCUCGACGCAUGUGUAUCGGAGUUUGUGGUCUUGUUGGCGAGACUUUGCUAUGCUAAAUGCCGUAAGAGCGAGCAGCAAUUAAGGUGCAAAUUCUUACUCCCAAAUUGGGAUGGGGUUAAAGAGUAAUCUCAUACGAUAGCAAUGUAACCUGUUAGUCCUUGUAAUUCUUUGCAGUUCAUCAGCACAUUGCUUGAACUGUAAAUUCUGAAUCAUUAUGCUUUGUUACAAACACCAGUGCAGUUUUGUGGGCAAAUCAUAAGUCUAUCUCUGAUUCUGUACCUAUCAAACAGUGAU